AUGUCUUCCUUGAUGUGUAAAAGCGUACUUAAAGUUUCUACUUCCAGAAGCAUUUCGAGGAAAAUAAGCGAGGAUAGGACAGCGAUGUUACGAGAUAAAGAUUCAUUAACAACGAACGAAAAGUCUGUUAGGAGGAAACGAAGUUUGUCGCUCGAUCCUCAAGUUUUGCUGCAAUGGGCCGCAACACACAAUGACGUGGACACAUUGAAAAGCGUAGUGGAAGGAUCGAACGUGGAUAUCAACCAGGCGAGUCUCGAUGGAGUUUACCCGUUACAUCGUGCUGCCUGCUCGGGAAGCCUUGAAAGCCUCCAAUAUCUUGUCAUGAAAGGAGCACAGCUCGACGUGCGGGAUAAAGAUGGCUCCUCACCCUUGGACGCUGCGGUUAACGAGGGAGAAUUUGACUGUGCAAGCUUCCUGAUCGAAAAAGGCGCCAACAUCAACCACAUUCGAGACGGAUUCAUAGACAAGAAUUUAUCACACGGGAGAAAGAGAGCCAUGACUAUUGAGUAG